AUGAUAACUGGAGAUUCUGAUCAAAUGUACGACUUCCAGGGGCUUCCAAAGAAAUUUGGGGGAGACAUUUUACUUGCCCGGCUCCAUAACCCAACUCUUGGUGCAGGUGUGGUAGGGCAAGUGGUGGAUCAUCUCAAUGGCUCCUAUUCCGCUGUGUUCUAUUUACCCUGGGAAGGAAACGCAGAGGUUGAGCAGCCUGUGUGCAACUACACUGACCUCCGUACAGGCGAGCCGUGGUUCUGCUACAAGCCAAAGAAUCUGAGUUGUGAUACCAGGAUCAAUCACUCC